UCGUGCGAUUGUAUGCUACUGAACCGGCGAAAUUUCAACGUGGCAAACCACACAUAAACGUCGGCACGAUCGGACACGUGGAUCACGGAAAAACCACAUUAACCGCCGCCAUCACCAAAUGUCUGGCAUCAAAGGGGCAAGCAAAAUUUAAAGACUAUAGUGAGAUUGACAAAGCGCCAGAAGAAAGGAAGAGGGGCAUUACCAUUGCUACCGCUCACGUCGAAUAUGAGACAGCGACGAGGCAUUAUGCGCACGUCGAUUGUCCAGGACACGCAGAUUAUAUCAAAAAUAUGAUUACAGGAGCUGCACAGGUCGGUGUGUCAAACCUUGUGGUUUUCAUUAACAAAGUUGAUGCCGUGGAUGAUCCGGAGAUGUUGGAGUUGGUUGAGAUUGAAAUGCGCGACUUAUUGACGCAAUAUGGAUACGACGGAGAAAAAACACCCAUAAUUUUGGGAUCAGCACUUGCCGCACUUGAAGGUCGCAAUCCGGAGAUAGGGGAGAAGGCUAUAGAUAAGUUGAUGGAUGCUGUUGACCAACACAUUCCGACGCCUGUGAGAGAUCUGGACAAACCGUUUUUAAUGUCAGUCGAGGAUGUGUUUUCCAUCUCUGGACGCGGCACGGUUGCCACCGGUAGAGUGGAAAGGGGAACCAUCACCAAAGGUGCAGAAAUAGAGAUCGUCGGAAUGGGAGCACCUAUUAAGACCACGUUGACCGGCAUAGAAAUGUUCAACAAGGAACUUGAUAAAGGGAUGGCGGGAGAUAACAUGGGCGCACUACUACGUGGUAUUAAACGAGAACAAAUUCGAAGAGGGCAAGUGAUUGCAGUUCCCGGGACUGUUAAAUCACACAAGAAGUUCUCUGCGCAAGUUUACAUUCUCACGAAGGAGGAAGGAGGAAGGCAUACACCUUUCACGCAAAAUUAUCGACCUCAAAUGUAUUUCCGAACUUCUGAUGUCACCGUUACAUUAACUUAUCCGCCUGGUACCGAGAAUCCCGAUGAAAAGUUCGUUAUGCCAGGGGAUAAUGCCACCUUGGAAUGCGAACUCAUUUAUGACAUGGCAAUUGAGCCCGGGAUGAGUACCACCCAAUAUCAAGGUGCCAAUGUAACCAAAGACACCUCGGUGUCUUUUAGACGGAUCGCCGCUUUGGUAGCCCCAAGCGUAUGCCAGGCGGCCUGA